CCUCGAUCGCGGCCGACGCUUUGAACCAAUGCCAAUGGAUGCAACUGGACCAAUCUCACUCUUAGCGCCCGCCAAUCAUGCUCGAAGCUUUUCAAGAGGAUGGUGUCCUUUCCCCUUGUUUUUGGCCUACUUGAGAAGAAAAAAAUGUCACAGGGUCUUUGUCGAAACAUGUAAGGCGUGCUUGCGCCGGGGGCAUGCUUGUGUGAGUUCUGGUUGCAACCAGCAGUACCCUCAAACAAUACAAUCAGAGAGUAUUCCAGCUCAAGUAUCAACUGCACGACCACUCUGCGGGGAACACAAUUCUUACUUCAAGUCUUACUGAGGGGCAUUGGGAAAUGCAAGAGCGUGGCCAUUGAAGAUAUCAGCUGAAUAGAACCAGCGAGGACUUGGUUGCAGUCAAUAUCUUCAGGCGAUAUAGGAGAUAAAAGUCGGGCGGUAUGGCGCCACUCGUGGUGGCAGCCAAGGAGUUCCGGUUUGCCCCAAAGACGCUGCACCUGGAGUGGGACCCCAUUCUGGACGUUGAUGUCAGAAAACUUGUUGAAAAGGCCCCAAACUUGGAGCAACUAGAGGUGUUGGAGUCCACCUCGAAAAGCUUACUGCCAGCCUUGAUCCAAAAGGAUGGCGGCCAAGAUUGCUUGGACAGGAUGGUACAUCUUGCUAAGGUACUGCAACUUGGGCUGGAGUACCAGGGAGAGCUGGGGGAGCGGAAUGCAUCAAGGCUGGAACUGGAGCUCGAUAACUUGCAACAAGACCUGCGGCGGGCGCAAACGGGAGACUCGGAGGCGCUGGUGGGCAAGCUGGAGGGCGAGAUCGAGGACCUGAACGCGGACCUGCGCGAGGCGUACAAGAAGAUGGACGCCUAUGAGGCCGAGCUGGACGACCUGCGCGACGAGCUCGCGCAGCGCGCAACCGAAGGGCGGGGGAGGGCAGGCGCAGGCGGGGACAGCAACGUGCUGCGGCGCGAGAUGGAGGAGGAGCGCGCCAAGUCGUCCCGGCUGGAGCGCCAGGUGGAAUUCCUCGAAGGCGCGCUGGACCACGAGCGGCAGCGGAACGAGCGGAUCGAGUCGGAAACGAGGGAGGAGAAACGCAGCGCUGCCAUUCUGCGCGAAAAGGCGAAGCAACUGGACGACGAGGUGGGCGAGCUGCGGACGCAACUAGAGGCGGAGCAGAAGCGCAUGGAGAUGCGGGAGAUGGACGACCGCGGCCAGAGCUCACGUUUGCAACAGAAGAACAGGGAGAUCGACCGGUUGCAGCGCGAGAACAAGGUGCUGGAGCGGCAGUUUGUGGAGGUGCAGGCUAAAGGAGAGGAGCUAGCCGCCGAGAUGCUGCAGCUCAGCGAGCAGGUGGUGCGCCUCGACGAGACGCAGCGCGAGCGGGACGCCACGAUCGCGGACAUGGAGGCUGUGGCAGCCGAUGCCGAGCGCGAGAAGGGGGAGCUGCUGGCCCAGGUCGCGGAGCUGCGCGGCGUGGCGGCCGAGAAGAUGGCGCUGCUGGACGAGUUCGAGAAGCGGUUCGCGGAGCAGUACCGCGAGUGGGAGGGGCGGGCAGCCGAGCUGGCGGAGGAGGUUAAGGCGCGCGAGGACGAGGCGGCCGCGCUGCGCGAGGAACUAGAGCGGUGGCACCGCGACGCGGCCGGCGGCGCGGUGCUGACGUCACAGGGCGGCGACGGGGAGGGCAAGGCGGGCGCGCUGCAGCAGGCGCUGCGCGCGGCGCAAGAGAAGGAGGCGCUGCUGCUGGAGGCGUACGAGCAACUAGAGCGGGACCAGGAGAAAGAGCUGGCCGCGGCGUUGGCGCGGCAGAAGGCGCAGCUGACGAAGCUGGAGAGUCACAACCGGGCAAAGGAGGCGGCGCUAGAAGCGGACCGGCAGCGGUACGACCAACUAGACCGGGCGCUCGCGGAGGCGCAGAUCGAGAAAGAGGAGGCGCUGUCUCGGCUGGCCGACUAUGAGGCGGGCGUGUACGGCCUGAGCGAGGCGAUGCGCGACGUGAAGCGGCUGAAAAAGUCCGUCAAGGCCGGUGAAGAAGAGCUGCAGGCGUGCCUAACAAAAUUGAACCACCGGAACCAACAAAUGGAGGACCUCCUCGAGGAGAACAGGUUCCUGCGCCAGAAGGCGGGCGUCCCCGCGGCCGCGGCCGUGGACCUGGGCGACUUCCGGCUGCAGUCGCAGGUCGAGGUGGAGCAGCUGCGCGCGCUGAACGCGCAGCUGGAGAAGGAGCUCGCGCAGCUGGAGGACGAGCGGCGCGAGCUGAAGAAUGAGCUGCGCUACCGCGCGAAGUACCACGGGGAGGCCGCCGCGAAAAUGGGGUUAACGGCGAAGCAGUUAGUGGCGUUAGAGGAGUACUCGAACAAGCUGCGGUUCGGAAAGGACAAAGGUGGGUCAAGGAGCGGGUUUGGAAAGACGAAGUCUGGGGGAGCCGGAAAAGGUGGGUUUGAAAGAAGUGGGUUUGGGGCAACUGAUGGGAGUGGGUUCGGCAGCGAAACGGAGGAGAGCGAGAGCGACGCGUCCGGGGUUGGGAGGGCCCGCGGCGCGGCCGCGAAAGCGCCCGGAGGUAUAGGGUUUGAGAUGGAGGUGCGGACGCUGCGGACGAAGCUGUCGCUCGCGGACGUGCAGAGUGCGGAGCUGCGCGAAACGGUGGAGCACUUGAAAGAGGAGAACACGACGCUCAUGAAGGAGAACCUGCUUCUGAAGGAUAGAGUGAUCUCAGCUCUUUCAAAAGCGGCGGGAAGUGCAAAGAAACUCGCGGGCGAUCGAUCUGCAACUACAGGAGCGGAUACAGCUCGGAAAGAGAAAAGCAAGCAAGCGGAUGAUAGACACGUGGCAUCCAACCAGGAAGGACACGCGGCGGUGGAGGAAGAGCUGGCGGGGAUUUUGCGCCUGCUGCGGCAGGAGGUGACGUGGCAGUCAGGACAGCUGGUUUCGUCCCCCACGAAAGGCGCCGCGUUGCCGGAUGGAGUAAACGCCCUUCCGGACGGUGUGAAUGCGCCUCGGAGCGAGUACGAGCGGACGCUGCGGGAGCGGUUGAACCGGCUGAUGGACGACGUGUCCGAAAAGGAGGUCGAGGCAGAGGAGGCGCGCGCGCGCGCACAGCGCGCGGAACGGGAGCGCGAUGCUUUUCGGGCGCGGCUGAGGGAGCGGGUCGAGGGCCAGCUGUCGCCCCCAGCUCGCGGGGGCGCCCGCGCUGACGUCAGCGGCGUGUCGAGUGAGGUCAGCUUGAAGUUUGAUGACGUUGUUGGACAGGUGGAUGACGCCAGCAGGAAGCUGGGCGACGCCGGCGGCCGCUCAACAGCCGCCUCGCCGGGCCGCGAAAAACAAAUUGGUGACCAGAAAGACGAGCCACGCAGGGAGGAAGUUGCCUUUGCGAGCACUCAGCGGGACGAGAUCGUUCGCGAGCUGCAGAUCAAAGAGGACCAACUCGCGCUCCUCACGGCCGACUUCGAGGCGCAGCGUGCAGAACUAGAGCGUGCGAAAGACGCGAGGGUUGCGCUCGAGAAGGCGGCGAAGAAGGCGGCCGCGGAGAGCGCGAGCGAGCGCACGCGCGCGGAGAAGGAGCUGCAGGACGCGCGCGCGGAGGUGGCGGAGGCACGCGGCGAGGCGGCGGAGUGGGAGAGGGCGGCCGCGGCACUGCGCGGGGGCGACGUCAGACAGCAGCUGGUCAGCAACGUGAAGCGGCUGACCGUACUGCAGGUCCGGAUGGCGCGCGCUGCCUGCGCCGCAGAGCUCGCGGCCGCGGGAGAGAUCGAGGCGCGCGAGCGGCUCAAGGGCGUGCAACUAGAGAUGGAAGAAAUGGAGGACACGCUACGGCAGUACCACUGGUUUCUGGAGAAGAGCAAGGAGGAAGCAGACGCGCGCGCUGCCGCCGCCGCCAAAGAGCUCGCAGCCUCGGUGCCCCGGAAGGACCACGUGGCGCUCGCUGAGUCGCUGCACGAGACCCAGAGAAAGCUGACCGAGAACCUGACCGACAAGACGCAGCUGGCGCUGGCGGAAACCGAGGCCGCUCGCACGAGAGACGAACUAGAGCGGCUGAAAAAGAACACCGAGAAAGUGGACGAGGAGCGCGCGCAGUUGGCCGAAAAGUGCGCGCAGCUGGAGGCGUUUCUGCGCGAGCUGAAGGAGGGGGAGGGUGGGGACGAGAGAGUGCGCGAGGAGAUGGCGGAGCUGCGCGUGGCGCGCGCGCUCGCGGAGAGGCGCGCGGAGAUGGCGGCGCGGGAGCGCGGCGCGGCAGAGGGAGUGCGCGAGGGGGCGGAACGGCGGCUGCGCGAGCUGGAGGGGCAGGUUGGCGCCCUUGCGAAGCAGCUCCACGAAGCGCACGAGGAGAGCCGCGCGCUUCGAGCCGCGGCUGCGGCCAGGGACGCGCGAGCGGCACCAGUGGAACCGAACCUCCGACCUAGAGUGGGCGAGCUGGAGGCAGAGGUCCGAAAGUGGCGCGCGAGCGCGGACGCGCUAAGCGAGAAGCUGGCCGGCCGCGAGUGCGGCGACCAGGCGGCCGCGGCCGAGCGCGAUCAGCUGCGCGCGGCGGUGCGCGAGCUCGGGCAGGGGAGCGACUCCAAGGCGGAGGCCGCCAAGCUGCACGAGAAGGUCGCGCGCGCGCGCGCCAAAGAGAUCGCGCUUGCGCGGCAGCUCGCGCGGGCCGAGACUGCGGCCGGCCGCGCGCGCUCGGAGGUGCUCCUCCUGCGGCAACAGCUGGACGAGAAGGAGGCGCGGCUGUGCGCGAGCGAGAGCGAGGCGCGCGCGGCGCACGCGGAGCAGCAGCGCGCGCUCCGGCGGCUUGAGAGCGCGCUCGCGUGCCAGGCACGUGCCCCGCUUUUCCCCCCAAAAAUCUCAGAUCCUCAGCGUUCUUCGAUCGACGGCCAGAAAGCCGCCGCCUGGUCCGCCGAGCUCCUCAAACUCGCGGCGGACCGCAAGGCCCUCUCUCAGGCCGCCACGUGUCUCAAGGGCGAGCUCCGCGCGCUCCAGGACGCGCUCGCGGCCGCGCAGGGCGAGCUCGCGCGCGUCAAGAACGUCGAGCGCGUUUUGAGCGCGAGCGCGCCCGAGGUGUACCGGCAGAACGUGGAGCUGGGCGAGAGGGAGCUGCAGCUGAAACUAGGCGUGGGGAGACUGGAGCGCGCGCUGGCGGCGGAGAAGGAGCGGGUGGGGCAACUAGAGCGGGCGGGCGCGGAGAGCGAGCAGCGCAUCGCUGCCCUCGAGGAGAGCGCCCUCCGCGAGCGAGCGCGCCUCGAGGACGCGCGCAACGGCGCGCAGCGCAGGGCUGAGCUCGCGGAGCGCGAGCUGCUCGCGCUCAGAAAGGAGCGCGACGCGCUGGACGUCCGGCUGCGCAUGGAGCGGAGCGUCCGGAAGGCGGCGCCGUCCGCGGCGAAGGUGGCUAUCCACGGGGAGGACACGGCGCUGCUGCACCGGCAGCUGCAAGAGCUCGCCGAAACGGCGGAAGCCCACCGGAAGGCCUCGUCGGAGCACCUGGAGACUGCCACCCGCCUCAAGUACGAGCGCGACGAGCUCGAGCGGCAGCUGCGCGAGGCCCGCGCGGCCGCGGCCGAGAAGCGCGCGGAGCUGCGCGCGGUGCAGCAGGAGCGGGACGCGCUGCUGGCGAAGCUCCACGACCGGCUGACGUCGGCGGUGACGUCGGCGGCGGCCGCGGGCGACGCGGCGGAGGCGCGUGAGGGGCGCGCGGCGGAGCAGGUGGCAAACAUAGCACAGGCGACGAUCAAUCGGCUACAGGGCCUUGUGAGCGAGAAGGAGACGGCAAUCACGGCAUUGCGCGAGGCCCUCGGCGAGGCGCGGCGGAAGAUGCUGGAGCAGCAGGAGCGGGACCGGACGGAGAUCGGACGGCUCAACGAGGCCCUCUUCGUGCGGAACGAGAAGAGCAUCCAGGACAUGCGGACGGCCCUCCACGACCUGGGCAAGCGGAUGCCCGCCGCCGGCGGCGGCGGGGGCCGCUUUGCGGAGCUGACGUUCGAGGAACUGAAACGGUUUGCAAGCGAGAAAGAGGAACAGAUCGAGGCGCUCCAGCAAGGCCUGCGCGAGUGGGAGGCGCGGUACAAGGAUACGGAGGCGCGCCUGACGCACGAGCGCGACGCGCGGGCGGCCGAGUGCGCGCGGCUGGAGCAGGAGAUCCAAGUGGAGCGCGCGCGCGCGCCCUCCAAGCUCAUGGAGAGCCUGGUGGCCAAGCUCAAGGCGCAGCUGGGCGCCAAGGAAUCAAAGCUGGCCCACAUGCGCGACGCGAUCAAGCAACUAGACGCGCGGCUCGUGGGCGCGCUCCAGGCGAACGCGGACGCGAUCCUCGCGCAGAGCGGCGGCCGCGCGUCCGAGCAACUAGGCGCGGCGGAACUGCGCGGGCGGCUGCGCGAGCUGGGCGAGCGGAUGGAGCGCAUGCAGGAGGAGGUGCUGCGCUGCCGCGCGGUGGAGCAGGAGCGGACUGCUGAGUGCCAAGCCCUUAAGGAGGAGAUCUUCAAGGAGAAGGAAGCGGGCCGUCGCCUGACAAAUGAGCUCCACCGCACCAAACCCUCGGGCGAGGCCGCGGGCGCCCAAACCUCUAAACCCUCCGAGGCCGACGCAGUCGCGGAGCUUAAGGAGAAGGUGCGGAUCUUGGCCGUCCAAAACAAGCGGCUGCAGGGCCAACUCGCGGACGCCCGCAAAAGCCUUUCGGACGGCCCGGGGAAGCAUGCGGACGCACAGCAGGAAAAUUCGGACGGCCGGAAAACUUAUCCGGACGCCUCGGGGAAGCAUUUGGACGCCCGGGAGAAAGGCCCGGACGCUCGGCCCGCUAAUACGGACGCCCAGCCCAGCAGGUCGGACCACAGGAAAGGACUGCGCGAGAGUGGUCCGCUCUCCACGACCCGCCGGCCGGCGUCAGCCAAAGCGGCUAUCUCGAAAGAGAGUACCGGAACGGAUACCGGAGCGGACCCGAAAGGUACCGGGGGGAUCCCUGGAACAGCCCGGACGAAGCGCGCGAGCAGCGACGGGUGGCCGGAGGGCGGCGAGGGUACGCGCAGGGGUUUAGGAGGGUUUGGCGCGACGGGGAGGGUCGGGUUCGGCGAACGGGACAGGGGUUUGGGAGGGUUAGGGGUAACGGAAGGGACGGGGCAUGAGGAUAAGGAGAAUGCGGGGAGCAGUGCACCGACAAAGGAUCAAGGGGGAGAGACUCAGGCUUCGACCGGCGCCCUCGCCGCUUGGGAAGAACACAAGCGAACCGUGCGCCGGCUCGACUCCCUCCGCGCGAAAGUCGCGCAGUCCAAGAAGGACCUCGACGGAGCCGAGGCCAAACUGCGGGGGGCCCAAGAGCGGAUCGCGCAGCUCGAGGCGGAGCGCGACAAGUACCGGGACAAAGUGCGCGCGCUGGAGGCCGCCCGGCGCGAUGCCGACGGCCGCGGGCCGCGGCUCGGCGACGCGGCCAAGAUCCGGGGUCUAACGGAGGGUUUGGAAGAAGUAGAGCGGGAGAACGAGCGUCUGCGGAAGACGGUCUUUGUCGAGAAGGAGCGGGAGAUUACGGAGCUCCGGCGAAGACUCGAGCGGAACGACGGCGGAACGGGCAAAAUCCCGGAAAGCCUGACGCCCGGGGGUGCGCAGAGAGGGGGUAUUGGGAGAGGGGGAUCCCCCCGAUUCGAGGCGCCUAACGAAUCCGGGGCUGCCACGUUGCAGCAUCUGGAGGAAUGUAAAAAGGCGCUACUGGAGAAAGACAAUGCCAAUCUGGAGCUUCGAUUCGAAAAAGAAAAGAGUCUGCUGCAGCUAGCGAGAGUGCAGCGGCGUCUGAAGUUACUGUUCGACGAGGAGAUGGCUCCUCCGGGGAAUUCGCCGAGCGGAACUCCCCGCGGGGGGGCCACGGUGCGUGGCAAAACGACCCCCCGGAAGGAGCAGGAGAUGGAGGGCGUGAUUGAGGCGCUGAAAAAGGUAGCGGAAAAGCUGCGGGCGGAAAACGAGGCGCUGCGGAAAGCGAGCCAUAGCAACGUGAAGUACAUGGAGAUGGUGAAUAAAGGCCGGGAGAUGGGGAAGAGAGUGCGCGAGCUCGAAGCGGAGCUCGAAACCGCGCGCAGGAAUAGCGACGGGGAGCUCCUCAAGAAGACAUCGAAGUUGGAGGACUCGCAGGCCACCCUCCGCGCCGACCUCCGCAAAACCAAGGACGAGAACCAGUCCCUGAAGCUCGCCCUGGAGGAAGCGCGCGCGGCGCGUGCGCGCGCAGAGAGGGAGCUCGCGGCCGCGGCCGCGGCCGCGCGCGCGCCGGCCGUCCCCGAGGAGGAGUACGCGGAGCUGGCGCGAACGUGCGGGGAGCGGGAGGAGGAGAUCGGACGGCUCAGGGCCGAGCUGCGGGAGCGAUCGACGGCUGAGGAAGAGUUGGCGCUCCAGCUGGCGGCCGCGGAGGACGAGCUGGAUUUGCUGCACGGCCAGCGGGCGGUGCGCAACGCGGUGGGGCUGGAGCAGCUCGCGGCGGAGUUGACAAAGUUGCGGGGCCACGUGGCAAGCCUGGAGGCCGAGCGUGAAGAAUCGCUCCUCGAAGCGGCGGAGCGCGAUACGGGUGGAACGGACGGAGCGAACGGAAUGCCGGAACGCGACCCGAGCGGAAUGGGCACCGAGGCGCGCAGGCUGGCCGAGGAAAACCGGCGGUUGCGCGCCGAACUUGCGUCUUACAGCCCCGCGUUUUUCCAGGAGGUCGAGGAACUGAAAGCGGACCACCACGAACUGAUUAAGCUGUGCGACCGGUACGAAGCCCUCUUACACGACCAUGCGCGGAAGACGGGGAGUGUGUUUACUCCGGGCAACGUCGACUAAAAUGAGGACAAAUGAAGCCUGCAUCUUUUGCUCGCUAAGCCUGGGCGCUGUGACAUCUUAUGCUGGGUCGCAAUGCCACUCAUUGCGGGUUUUUCAGUAAUGCAGGGAUGUUUCAAAAUGAUGCACUGUUCGUAACCCCAGUAUUGCAAGUGAUGCUGCGACCUCGAUCGACCAAAUCGAUUGAAGGCUUCAAUAAUUCCUUCAUUACUCGGCUUCAUGCACGGUUCGUUUCAACACUUGCAGAGUGAGUCUCGCUGUGACGUAGGCCGUAUUGUUUAUAGAUCAUGAAAGUGUUGGUUAUGACACGCUUGUGACGUCAAUACCAGUCAUGCAGAAUCUAGUAGAGUCAGUCCGGGG